UCGAUUCUCAUACACACACAGACUCUCUCUCUUUCACUCACAUCAUCAUCAUCACCGACCCAGCUAAGGCUCUUACAUACAUUUCUCCCAUUCUCUCUCUCUCUCUCUAUCUCUCUCUCUCUCUCUCUUCUAAUUCAUUCCAGAGAGAGAAAAUAGUCUCGGGAGAGACAAUGGGUCAAGAAAAUGGGACGACAGCCCAGAAACGCGGCGGCGGAGCACUUCCAACCACCGCUCCCAACGGCGGCAGAACCACCGCCACCAGAACCUCCACGGCGAUCCCACGCGGCCGCCAGAUCCACCGCACAUUCAACAACAUAAAGAUAACUCUCCUCUGCGGCUUCGUCACCAUCCUCGUCCUCCGUGGCUACAUUGGCGUCAACCUUGGCACCUCCAACGCCGACGCCAUCAACCAAAACCUCCUCGAAGAAACCAAUCGUAUCCUCGCCGAAAUCAAAUCCGGCAAAGACCCCUCCGACUCUGACUCCGACAAUAACAACCUCAUCUUCGACACAGACACUAAUAAUGUCACCUUCACUCUCGGUCCCAAAAUCACCAAUUGGGACAAGGACCGAAAGAUCUGGCUCCAUCGCAACCCUGAAUUCCCCACCCAUGUCAAUGACAAACCUCGAAUCAUGCUCGUCACCGGUUCGAGGCCUAACCCGUGUGAUAAUGCAAUUGGGGAUCAUUAUUUGUUGAAAGCAACAAAAAACAAGAUUGAUUAUUGUAGGAUUCAUGGGAUUGAGAUUGUUUACAAUAUGGCUCAUUUGGAUAAAGAGCUUUCUGGGUUUUGGGCUAAAUUGCCAUUGAUUAGGAGAUUAAUGUUGUCUCACCCUGAAGUUGAGUGGAUUUGGUGGAUGGAUAGUGAUGCAUUGUUUACAGAUAUGGUUUUUGAAAUUCCACUUUCUAAGUAUAAGAAUCACAAUCUGGUUGUUCAUGGCUACCCUGAUUUGUUAUUCAAGGAGAAAUCGUGGAUUGCGGUCAACACGGGUAGUUUUUUGUUUCGGAAUUGUCAGUGGUCUUUGGAUUUGCUCGAUGCUUGGGCACCAAUGGGUCCAAAGGGUCGGGUUCGUGAAGAGGCCGGGAAGAUUUUGACUGCGAAUUUGAAGGGUAGACCGGAUUUUGAGGCCGAUGAUCAAUCAGCAUUGAUAUACUUGUUGAUUUCACAGAGAAAACUGUGGAUGAACAAGGUGUUUCUUGAGAAUUCUUACUAUUUACAUGGUUACUGGGCUGGGUUGGUGGAUCGGUACGAAGAGAUGAUUGAGAAGUACCAUGCAGGAUUGGGAGAUGAGAGGUGGCCAUUUGUGACGCAUUUUGUGGGUUGCAAGCCUUGCGGGAGCUUUGGGGAUUACCCGGUUGAGAAGUGCAUGAGUGGUAUGGAGAGGGCUUAUAAUUUUGCAGAUAACCAGGUUCUUAAUCUAUAUGGAUUUAGACACAGAGGCUUGUUGAGCCCCAAGAUCAAGAGAAUCAGGAAUGAAACAGAUACUCCUCUGGAGUUUGUAGAUCGGUUUGGUAUUGGGCGGAGUAGUGGAUCACGGAGUUAGCUGGUAUAUAUCAUCUUCAGGGGGUGAUAAUCCGUAGAGUGUACCAACUGUUUCCACGAGAGAAGCAAACACAAUAGAUUUUACAAGUUCUUCAGCAUUUUAAUGGAACCCCCGGUUGAAGGUGCUAUCAAGGACUUCGGUUUGUAGAGCAAGCUUAAAUUCCUGGGGGACAAAAGUUCCAAUCGUUAGGCCAUUUUUUAUAUGUAAGUUUGUCUGGUUUUUUUACUUUAAUUCUUUGUAGCAGUUUUUUCACAUUCAUUGUAGAAAAUGACAGAAUUUAUAAGUUGCAUACCCCAGACAGAAGAGGUGGUGUGGGUGGGAAAAAAACUUUGGGAAUCUCUUUUUUUCUUUUUCUUUUUUUUUUUAGAAAAACUGAUAACAAGCAAUGUUGUCAAUAGUGUUGUUGUACCCCCAAACACUCAAAUAUGUAAAUGUGCAACUCCAAUUUAUUGGGGCUUUUUAGUUCUUCAUUAUUAUAGUAAGAAUUCUGCGUGAGGAGGAUUGGAAUUUGGCUGGAUGUUCAACCUUGUACCAUUGAUGAUAUUUUUUCUUGCCCUUCUUUUAGUAGUAGUAUGUAUUAAUUCUUUGUAGUAGUUUACACAUUUUGGGAGGGGAGUAUAGACACAUGGUACGCCGGAAAUGUUAAAUAAUUUCUCAAACGUGGUACUCUUAAAAUAUUAAAUAAUUUCUCCUUGGAGAGUAUGUGAACAGAAGACAAAAAUUGAUCGGUACUGUACCCUGUUUUAGCAGCAACCAUUAUCGCCCUGGGAAUAGGGCAACCAUUAUAUCUAUGGGUUCUUUUUUAUAGAUUUUUAAUUUUUUUUUUUAGCUUCAAUAGAUGGAGAAGUUCCUUUCAUGGCCUUUUGCCAGUUGUUCAAGCUCACUG